GGAAAAAGAAAAGGGGCUUCCGGUCCGGCUCGCCCUCCUCGGAAAUGACGUCAGAGUGUCAACAUGCAAGAUGGCGGCGCAUCACCGGCAGAACACGGCGGGGCGGCGGAAAGUGCAGGUCUCCUAUGUGAUUAGAGAUGAGGUGGAGAAGUAUAACCGAAAUGGGGUAAAUGCACUUCAGCUGGAUCCAGCAUUAAAUAGACUUUUCACAGCAGGCCGAGACUCUAUUAUAAGGAUAUGGAGUGUCAACCAGCACAAGCAAGACCCUUAUAUAGCCUCUAUGGAACAUCACACAGAUUGGGUAAAUGAUAUUGUACUGUGCUGCAAUGGUAAAACAUUGAUAUCUGCUUCUUCAGAUACUACUGUUAAAGUGUGGAAUGCACAUAAGGGAUUUUGCAUGUCAACACUAAGGACGCAUAAGGAUUAUGUGAAAGCCUUAGCAUAUGCAAAAGAUAAAGAACUGGUAGCAUCUGCUGGGCUGGACAGACAGAUAUUCCUCUGGGAUGUAAAUACUCUAACAGCACUGACUGCCUCAAAUAACACUGUCACAACUUCUUCCCUGAGUGGGAACAAAGACUCUAUCUACAGCCUUGCAAUGAAUCAGAUGGGAACAGUUAUUGUAUCAGGGUCCACUGAAAAGGUUCUAAGGGUGUGGGAUCCAAGAACUUGUGCUAAACUAAUGAAACUCAAAGGGCACACGGACAAUGUGAAAGCUUUGUUGUUGAACAGAGAUGGCACCCAGUGUCUUUCAGGCAGUUCCGAUGGGACUAUCCGUCUGUGGUCCCUUGGGCAGCAGAGAUGUAUAGCCACAUAUCGAGUCCAUGAUGAAGGUGUUUGGGCUCUGCAGGUCAAUGAAGCCUUCACUCAUGUUUAUUCAGGAGGAAGAGACAGGAAGAUUUAUUGUACAGAUUUACGAAAUCCUGAUAUUCGUGUGCUUAUCUGUGAAGAAAAGGCACCAGUUCUUAAGAUGGAACUUGAUAGAUCAGCUGAUCCUCCUCCAGCACUUUGGGUUGCAACAACUAAAUCUUCUGUGAAUAAAUGGACUUUGAAGGGAAUUCACAAUUUUAGGGCAUCUGGAGACUAUGAUAAUGAUUGUACCAAUCCUAUACCACCACUAUGCACACAGCCUGAUCAAGUUAUAAAAGGGGGUGCUAGUAUUAUUCAAUGCCACAUUCUUAAUGACAAGAGACACAUAUUAACCAAAGACACAAAUAAUAACGUGGCAUACUGGGAUGUGCUAAAGGCAUGUAAAGUUGAAGACCUUGGGAAAGUAGAUUUUGAAGAAGAAAUUAAGAAGAGAUUUAAAAUGGUGUAUGUGCCAAACUGGUUCUCAGUAGACUUGAAAACAGGGAUGCUGACAAUUACUUUGGAUGAAAGUGACUGCUUUGCGGCCUGGGUUUCAGCAAAGGAUGCUGGAUUUAGCAGUCCAGAUGGUUCUGAUCCAAAAUUAAACCUUGGAGGGCUUCUACUACAAGCACUUCUGGAGUAUUGGCCUAGAACACACAUCAACCCAAUGGAUGAAGAAGAAAAUGAAAUAAAUCAUGCAGUGAAUGGUGAGCAGGAGAACAGAGUCCAGAAAGGAAAUGGAUAUUUUCAAGUGCCACCACAUACACCAGUUAUUUUUGGUGAGGCUGGAGGACGCACUUUGUUCAGGUUAUUAUGUCGGGAUUCAGGUGGUGAAACUGAGUCUAUGCUUCUUAAUGAAACCGUGCCACAAUGGGUAAUUGACAUCACUGUGGAUAAAAAUAUGCCCAAAUUCAAUAAGAUUCCCUUCUACCUCCAACCUCAUUCAUCUUCAGGGGCAAAAACUCUAAAAAAAGACCGACUGUCGGCAAGUGAUAUGCUUCAGGUGAGAAAAGUGAUGGAACACGUCUAUGAGAAAAUCAUAAACUUGGAUAAUGAGUCUCAGACAACCAGCUCUUCCAAUAAUGAAAAAGCAGGAGAACAAGAAAAAGAGGAGGACAUUGCUGUGCUAGCAGAGGAGAAAAUUGAACUUCUGUGCCAGGACCAGGUUUUGGAUCCGAAUAUGGACCUUCGAACUGUAAAGCACUUCAUUUGGAAGAGUGGCGGUGACCUGACGCUUCAUUAUCGCCAGAAAUCAACGUGAGGGGAGUGGUGGAUGCAAAUGGUUGCUCAUUUACUUGACCAUACUGUGCUGGUUCCAAGAGUAGUACUAUAGAAGCCCACUGAACCCCUAAGGUAGAUGAGACUUCUAAUGACUCAGUAUGGACGGAAAGUAUACAUUUAAUUGAAGUGACUAAUAGAUCUGUAAUAUAGAGGAAAAAAGUCUAUAUGAUUUAAACUAAAGUCUGUCCUAGUCUCAGCCAAUGAGAUGGGAAGUCCCUGAGUGGUUCGUAUUGUGUGAGGUGUACAGAGAAUGGAUGAUAAUCCAGUGCAGACUUUUGCUUCCUCCUUUUUGCUUUUGUUUUGUUUUUUUUUUUCCAGAACAUUAUAUUCUCAUUGGCUCAUGCUUGAUAUGAAACCAUUUUGGCCAUAUUAGUAGCUGUGUUCGCAAUAUAACUCAGAACUGCACACCAGGUAUUUUAAUACAUUCCGUUCAUAAAGUACCUACAGUGAUCUCUCACAGGUUACUAAAACAUUUCUAUCACUUAAAGACAUUUGGAAAAGAAAAGGAACAGACGAUAGGUAUUGCAUACGUGAAAGAAUCGGGCCAUUUAAUUGAAAUUGAAGGGAUUAUAUUAGACUUGUGUUAAUACUGUGAUUCAAGCGUUGCUUUAGAGAGCUAUUGACAUGCAGAAUAAGAACACUAGAUAAAUAUUGUAGCAGGGUCAGUCCAAUGAUGCUGUGCAUCAUAAUAGUGAACAUGCUUUGCAGCAACCUAAAGAGAUUUUUUUUUAAAUAUAUAUAUAACUAGUUCCUGCAAUGUGUUUUAAGGACACAGUAGUCUAACUUUUGGUAACUUUGCUCCAAAACUAUGUGACAAUUUGUUAAAACUUCAGACCAUUCUGAAAAUAACUUCAUGUGUUUGAUGUCAAACUUCAGAAAAUUCACAGCAGAUUUCAUACUCGUGAUAUAAAAAUACUUACUCUUUUUUUCAAAAGUUUUAUAUGCAGUUCUUUUGUUGUAGAUGUAUGCAAAUCUUUUUUUUUUCACUGCUAUUUCUGAAAAUCUGUGGCUGUUGUAGACUCAUAGUAGUCUUUUAUAGAGUUUAACUUAUUGGGGGGAGGGAGGGAAAGGCAUUUCAGCUUUUGGUGGGAAAAUGUGGGACUGUCCCAGAAAACCAUUUGUAGCCAGAAGAAAUUACAAAUCCUCAUAAAGAAAUUAUAUAAAAAUGACUUUCUGAAGCAGAAGCACAAGUGCCUUCCAAGGGCAGUAUAAUAUUUGAGUUUCUUCAGGAGACAUAUGCUCUUGCCCGUCCUGUGUCUUGCUAUCAAGAUUUAGGUUGAGGCCUAAAGAAGGUCCCAAUAGAUUAUAUUACUGGGAUUAUAUUGGUUAAACAAAAAAUGAAAUAUUUUUCAUUGUAUUUUAUUUGAAAAAUAAUCAAAUCAUUACCUUCUGCACUCUUAACCUUAGCUAAACAAGCUCAUUGUUUAAACAAAAGAUGUGGUUCAGAACUAAGCUAGCCUUUUAUCCAUCCUUUGAAAGAGUCAGUUUCAGUUUUUAAGGCCUAGUUCUGUGUAUGCUCAGUCCAACGCAGUUGUGCUAUCUGCACAUUUUAGUGGUGUUUGUGAAUUAAAUGGUUAAACAGAACUGUAACUUUUAUUGAUGAAUUGUCCUGACUUGUAUUUAUUAAUAGCGAAGGUCUGUGCUUCCUUUCAAGACUUUUUUUCUUGUUGGCUUGCUGUCCUGUUGUAUACAUUGUAAUUGCUCCCAAUAAUUCUGUUUGAAAUCAGCCAAGGUUGUAACUUUUUUUUCCCCCCUAACCAUCCCAAAACUGCAGUUUCAGUAAAGAUUGACAGAGGAGUCUGCAAUGCCAGAAGGAUAAAUGAUGUUUCACAGUUGUACAGAAUAAAAGGCUUUAG